CGCGUUUUUGAAAGAGCAACAUAUCAGAAGAAAGAUGUUUUUAGAGUUCCUGGACGGAGUUUUUUGGACUAAAACCGCCUAGAGAGUCUCUGUUCGGGUUCAUGUGUCCGGGCUGACAUGUUGGACAUGUUCGGAGGACCUGUUGGAGCUGAGAGGACCUGUUGGAGCUGAGAGGACCCGAGGCUGCUAGCUUGUUGUUUUACAUUAAGUUAUAGUAUCUGGUAACAACAAACAGCUGUUCCACACACACACACACACACACACACACACAAUGAACAGCUGUCUAUUCACUCUCUGUGUGAAGAAGUGAAUCAGAGAAGGAUAUAUAAAGGAAGAUCCCGGUCCUGUUUUAUCGGUCUCUUCAAAUAAUGGCUGGUGUUGUGGCGAUGGCGUCAAUCAUUGAGGACUUUGACACGCAGCCGUGCAAGAAGUCUCGCAAAGAUGGCGGCAGUCCUGUUGUCAAGACGAUUACCAACUACUUCUCUCCUGUUCCCAAACCGGCGGAGAAACCCUUCUCACCUCCUCGCUCCAACAACAUCAUGGACUACUUCAGCCGGAAGGCUCCGUCCUCUAAAGAGAAGAUCAGCUCGCCUGAACAGUCCAAGGAGAACCGCCAGACGGAGAAAGAGCCGAGCCCAGAGCCGGCGGCGAAGAGGACGUCUCAGAAGCGGAGCAGGAAGACGAGCAAGGCUGCAAGAAAACUGGUGGAGGUGGAGGCCGUCAGCUCGGCGGAGGAGGCCAGCUGCCUGGUUCUAGAGGAGCCUCGUGGUGGAGUGGUGAGCAGCGGUGGUGUUCUGGGCAGCGAUACAGCAGCUCUGAUGGCUCAGCUCUGUGCCGAGGCUGGAAUCACUGAGGGGAAACCAGAGAAGAAGAGCACCAAGCCUGUCAGCCUGGAACCAGCUGCAGAAGAUGAGGAAACUUCCAAAUGUGUCAAACUGAAUCGAGAACUGAACAGCAUCGAAUUAUCUCCAAUCGUGCCUUCAAAAGAUAAAGUGAAACCGCUCAAAACUGCUGCACGAAACCCUCGGAAGGCAAAGCAUUUAGAAGAAGAGGAGAAGGAGAAGGAGAAAGAGAAGGAGAAGGAGAAAGAGAAGGAGAAGGAGAGCUCCUUGUGUGACGUCAGCAUGGAGGUGAAUGUGGACGAGGCUUCUCAGCUGAACAACACCGUCACCAUCUCCUUCGAGGAGUUUGUGCGGAGUCAGAGUCAGGGAGACGAACCGGGACAAGAGGAUGGUUGUGAAAUCAUAACAGACGUGGAAGAAAUGGACUCUGAGCAGCGUGACGUCCCUAAAGCUGGAGGACAUGUUGGAUGUGAGGCGUCUCCGGUCCAGGUGUCCCCCCGGACCCUCACCGUCCAGGCUGAGGUCCACGUCGUCUCGUCCAGACAGGAAGCAGCCAAGGCGGGGAGGAAGGUAGCGUCUAUCUUCAGCAGGAGGAAAGGCUCCAUGAGCCCCUCGGAGGCCGGGUCCUCUCCUCGCUCGGAGGCCGGCCACCAGCUUCACUCCUCCUCCUCCGGGAAGCAGCGUAAGUCCAACGUGGUCCUCCAGGAGGAGGAUCUGGAGCUGGCGGUGCUGGAGAGCGACUCCACGCCAAAGUGCAGCGAAGCACAGAGGAAGACGUUCAUGGCGGCCUUCAAGCAGGCCAGUCUGGACGGCUCCAGAACCAAACCAGGGAGGAGCCAGGGCAAGCAGAAGCAGGCGGAGGAGAAGGAGGAGAAGGAGGAGAAGGAGGAGGCGGAGAAAGCUGCAGAAGAAGAAGCUGUGAUUCCUCCUGCUGCUGCUGCUGAGGAAACCCCUGCUGCCCCGCAGGAAACCAAAGCAGCGAAGAAGAAGAAACCGGCAAGAAAAGGCACAAAGAAAGGAAAGGAGGGAAAGGAGGUGGCCCCAACCCCUCCUGCUGCUCCUGCUGCUCCUGCUGCACCUGCUGCACCUGCUGCUCCUGAUGCACCUGCUGCACCUGCUGCUCCUGCUGCUCCUGAUGCUCCUGAUGCUCCUGUGGAAGAAACAGUUCUGGAGGUUGAUGACAAAAGUGAGGAGCAUCCUAUCACUUCGACUCCCUCCGUCCCAGCAGUGAGGAGGUCCAGGAGGGAGGCGGUCGUCAGGCAAACUCCUGAAGCCUCCUCCACAGCAACAACGACCAGAAAAACAAACAGGAAACAGAAUGAUGCUGCUGAAGAACCUGCUGACAGCCCUGCAGAGACGUCCACCAGGAAGACACGCAGGUCCAAACAUGGAGUCUUUGUAGCGGAGAUGGUUUGCCCACCUGACACAAAAGGAAGCCCAAUCAGGAUUAAAUUCAAAAGAGUCCAUAGAAAUGUUUCCAUGAACAAGACUGAAAGUGGCACAAACACUUUGGCUACUAAAACAUCAAAUGAAUCUAAAAAUAGGAAACAGGCGAAGAAGUUGGUGGAGAAAGCUCGAGUGAUUCAGCAGAGUAAGAAAGAGAAGAAGAGCACCUUGAGGCGUUCGUCACGGACGGAGGCCUCCGUCAGCAGGAGCUACUGUGAAGACGAGGACUCUAUCAUCUGCCUGGAGGAGGACCAGUCUGUCUCUGAGAAGACUAAAACCAUGAAGCCUUUACGGAGUCUGAACGAAGUUCUGGGAAAACCUUCAUCUGUUGGCAAAGAGACCAAAGCUGCUCCAGGCUCUAAAGGAGCGUCUCUCAGCCAGGAGAAGACGGCUCGGAGAGCGUCUGCCGUCAUCUCCAUCUUCGAUGAGAGCGGCUCUGAAAACUCUCAGGACGACGAGCAGUUCAAGGCCCGCAGAGAGUUCCUGAAGAGCGGCCUGCCCGACUCCUUCAGGAAGCAGAUCGCCAAGACGGCUGCCACCAAGGAGGCCUACUCCCUCUCCUGCUCCUCCUUCCAGCCGGUGGUUCACAUGAAGCAGCCUCCAAACGAUUGCCCUCUCUGGAGUCUGCUGUGGCCCGAGUCUUCGUUACUGUGUCGUCUGAAAGAGUUUUGGAGCCAAACAUCCAUCCAAGAAAACCGUCCAGCUGUUGGUGGCUCCCUGUGUGUGAAGACACAACCGGCCCGUAGAGCCGUUUGUGAUCGGGGUUCUGGUUGCAGGCCGGAGAUCUCUGAAAGUGUUCGUAAGCUUCUCAUAGAGGAGGUCAGCACCUCGAACCGUUCCUUCCCUGUUCAGAUGUUUGUGUCUCGCUUCCUGAAGAGACGCACCGACCAGCAGCAGAGCUCAGCCUCAGAGCCAGAGGCUGUUAUUAGAGCCACCAGCUGCACGCUGCCGGCUGAACCAGUCGGAGGGAAGAGGAAGAGGAUGGACGAUGAAGGGGAGGUGACGCUGAAGGUGGCUAAGAAGCAACGGGCCGACUCUGCAGAAGAAACCAUUCCUGAGCCCGAACCAACGAAAAGAGGACGAACGAGACGAUCCCGGAGAUCAAAGCCAGAAGAGGCAGCGAAUGAGAAACCUUCAGUCAAAAUGUCUCCAGUCCAACCUGAAGACGACUCUGUUAUUGUUGUUGAUGACUUGAUUAUUGGAGAGAACAACGGACAGAAAGAUGUGGUGAAGGAGGACGUGUUAUGGACAGAUAAAUAUCAGCCCCAGCACUCCAGCGACAUCUUGGGCAACACCGCCUCAGUGAGGAGGCUGCACAGCUGGCUUAAAGAAUGGAAACUCCGUGCAGACCAAGAAGAGAGAAAGAAGCAGAAAGACAAAAAGCAAGAGGAAGGCAGUAACGACUCGGACUGGGACUGUGGAGAAGAGGACUCCCAGGACAGCGAGGACACGUUGUGUAACACAGUUCUCAUCACGGGACCCACCGGGGUCGGAAAGACUGCUGCAGUCUACGCUUGUGCCCAGGAGCUCGGCUUCAAGGUAUUUGAGGUGAACGCGUCCUCUCAGCGGAGUGGUCGUCUGAUCCUGUCCCAGCUGAAGGAAGCCACUCAGUCCCACCAGGUGGACAGUCAGGGGGUCAACGCCCACAAACCCACCUACUUCAACAGCUACGGCAGCAGCAGCAGCACCCUGAAGCCUGGAGCCUCUCCCAGGAAGGUGAACUCUCCUCGGAGGGUGGUCUCCUCUCCUAGGAAGCAUCCUCAGUCUCCUAGAGGAGCUAGGAGAGGAAGCCUGGCUCCCACCGCUCUAGCUAACUUCUUCAAAAUGAGUCGACCCGUCACCAAGGAGACGGCCAACACUAAGAAUGAACCAACAGCUGCUUCAAAGAAAGUUGUAAAAGCAAAUGAAUCCAAUAAGCAGAAAGAAGCUUCAGUUAAAUCAUCAUCAGCUCCAACGACUAAAGAGAAGAACGCUGAGGAGCAGAGCAAGAAGACGGCCACCUCGCUCAUCCUGUUCGAAGAGGUGGACGUUAUAUUUGACGAUGACUCCGGGUUUCUAGCCGCCAUCAAGACUUUUAUGACCACGACGAAGAGGCCCGUCAUCCUCACCACCAGCGAUCCUGCUUUCAGCAGCAUGUUUGAUGGCAACUUUGAAGAGAUUCAUUUCAAAACGCCGUCAGUGCUGGAUGUGAGCAGCUUCCUGCGGUUGUUGUGUGUGACGGAGGACGUGAGGACCGACCCGGCGGACGUCGGCUCUCUGCUGCGACUCAACGGAUGUGACAUCAGACAGAGUUUACUGCAGCUGCAGUUCUGGACUCGCAGCGCUGGAGGCCGACACGUCACCAAGCCGUUAACUCACACUGGCAAAGAAGCUGGACUAAAGUCCGAGGCUGAUGAAGAAGCAGCAGUGACUCUUCCUCCCUGUGACACCGGCUGCACUGAGAGCAUGUUGGGUCUGCUGAACGUUGAACCUGAGAGAGACAUCUGGGAGCUGCUCAGGAGUCCGGCGGAGGAGGAGAAGGAGGAGGAGGAGGCGUUACUCUGGGAGCUGCUGACCAACAGCAGGCGGCGAGGAGUGGACCUCCUCUACUCCAACAUGGAGACGCUCCUCCCUCUACCACUGACCCAGCUGACUACCUCUUCCUAUAAACCGGAGGAGUCUGUCUCCACUUCACAGGAGCAGCUCUCUGUAGUUCAGAAGGAGCAGCUCUCUGUAGUUCAGAAGGAGCAGCUCUCUGUAGUUCAGAAGGAGCAGCUCUCUGUAGUUCAGAAGGAGCAGCUCUCUGUAGUUCAGAAGGAGCAGCUCUCUGUAGUUCAGAAGGAGCAGCUCUCUGUAGUUCAGAAGGAGCAGCUCUCUGUAGUUCAGAAGGAGCUGCCCGUGUCCCAUGUGAGGUUAUUACAAGCAUCAGAGUCUGCAGACUGCUCUGACGACGGCAGCCCAAUCAAAGUGUCCAACAGGAUGAAGAGGAACAAGAAGCGCCACUGUCUGCCCGAACAGGACCGGCUGCACUCUGACUCCGACUCUGAAGACGGUUUUCUGUCUCUGUGCAAGCCUCGGAGCGCUCCUCCUGCAGGAGAGGAGGUCCGAGAGAGUUCAGCUCCAGAGACGCUAAAGAGGAGGCCCCUGACUCCUGAGGAGCGGGUUAAAAGCCUCCCGGUCUCCCAGUGUCUAGAAUCUAUCGCUGACUUUCUAGACAACAUGUCGUACGUGGACUCCUCCCUGCUGGUUCCUUCAGCCGGAGGUGACAAUCACAGAAGGACGUCGCUGCUCGACGCCGUGACGAAGGACGGGAUGACGGACGAGUCGCGGCUGGAGAGCGACCGAGGCGGCCGCCUGAGAGGAGAACACGUCCUGGAGAUCCCGGCCGCUGUGGAGGCUCUGAGCUUCCACAAGUGUCGGGUUUCAGUGGCGGAGGCCUGGAGCAAAGCUCAACAACUGGGAGGGGAGCUGAGGAAAGAGGCUGCAGCAGAACUCUCCCUCCCUGUGGCCGCUCAUCGUCGAGGCUUCAGCUUCACUCAGGACGGCCCCAGCCAGCCACAGCUGGUCCAGCGGAGGAGAGAAGUGAUGGAGAGUCUGACGUUCAGAGGAGUGUUUGGUACUCUGGGGAACAGAGCAGCAGCAGCUCUGGACUACCUGCCGGCUCUACGCACCAUCUGCAGAUCAGAGCAGCUGAAGGAGCAGGGCAAGGUGAAACGACGGUUCCUGCACUACCUGGAUGCGAUCCACCUGAACGUGGAGAAGAGAACGCUGCAGCACCUGGCUGAAGAUUUCCCCUGAACCAUCGAGGAGAUCUCACGUCUCCUCAGGAGACCUAAAACAAAUAUCUCCUGUUGACUUUUAAGGACUUCAUGUCCGUCAACAGCAGACAUCACAAGGGACUGUGUGGUGAAGUUUCCACAUAUUUCUUCGAAGGCUGAAAUAAAUUAAACUGAAUCACUCAAUAAAGGUUUUCUCACCUGAAGGGUCCACGGCUGAAUAACCUCGGCUUCGGCACAUUUUUUGGUGCUUUCAAAGAAUGCACUAAAAAUUUCUACUUUAUAAGGUUUUUGUAAUAUUAAGGUGUGCUGGAGUGUGUGAUUUUUGUACAAUAGUGUCUUUAUACGUUUUGCAUCUUGCAAAGUGUUUUUAUCAAGUAGAAUUUGCUUUUGAGGAGCAAAUAUGUGUCAUUAAUGAAUUGUCAGAGAUUAACAUGUAAAAUAGAAUUUGUAAAGGCUGUGUGUAUAUUUCCAUUCUCCACAAAGUUACUGUUGAUGCACUCAGGAUUUUGUUAAAGUUGAUAAAAGCUAGAAAGUUCUCCUGUAUCUGUCAGCCCUAAAUCACCCUCACAUUUAUUUUUUAUUUUUUAGUUUGAUCUUUUUGUUUCCAGCCUUAAAUAUGUACACAUUAUUCACAGUGGGUUUUUUGUUGUGACCAAAUAAAGGUUUAUAACAACUAAAUAAAAA